AUGUCCCUGACAUCUUCACUAAAACACAGACUGAUUCAACGGAAGAAUCAGAGUGAACAGAAUAAUGCUUGCAUGGGAGAUUCGGAAGCAACCAUUGGGACAAUGUCUAAUCGUUUUCAACCUCUUGCUCCUAUUAGUCAAUUUCCCGCUCAAAAUCUUGCCAUAUGGGGUAGGCCUGCAACGAAUUCUCCGAUGUUUGUUCCAUUAGCAGACCAGAGAAACCAUUUUAGCUUUGAAAAUUCCAUGUUGCGAUAUCAAGGUCAGCAACAGAUGAACAAUCGAAAUGAGCAAACUAACUUGCUUUAUGGAAUCCCAACAGCUGUGGAACAAAAUCCGUCCUACUUUGGUAUGAAUAUGCCAGUAGGACGGAUUUCUCAACCACAGUUACAAGCUCAUAAUAUGCUAAGAGAAUCCAACAAGUUCCUAUCUCAGAAUGGUCUCGUUCACAAUCCACGAGAUAGUAUGUACAAUCAGUUUCCUCGAGCAUCAUCUUCAGCAAUAGACUGCUCUUUGAAUCAAAACAUAUCGUUUGCAGGAAGCACCUUUCCUAUGAGUGGUAAUUCAGCAACAUCAACAACCAAGGAAGAUGUUAACUCUGAUGAUAUUUUCAACGAGCUGUAUCAGGAAAAUGUUGGAUCAACCCUGGAUACGUCUUAUCAUUCUAGUAUACACCACGGAAUCUGGUCAAUGGAGCAGAGUGGACAGAAUGUAAAUAGUAAUACUCUCAUCGCAGAAGCAGUUCUCUGUAGCGGGCAAGAAAUUGGACAUGUUAAUCCUGUACCUCGUCCAUAUGUUAACGCUGAAAGAUAUCCCAGUUCAAGCUAUCAGAGUGCCACUUUUCCUGAGCCAUCUGAUCAGGACCUCAUGAGCGCCAUGCUCGAGCAGCAACAACAAGAAAGUGAUGAACCGGUUGCAUACGCUCAGUUUUGUGAUGACAAUGAGGAUGCAUUAGGAAAUUUUCCAACGUAA